UUUUUUUAUUUAUUUACGAGUACUUUUAUUCCUUUGUAAUUAAUGAUGAAUUAGUACCCAAACUAGUACACCCACAUGGUGACUGCGAUCUAGAAAUGUGAUCCCCAAUAAUUUCAUUCUGAUUCAAAUAUUCAAUGAAUAUGGGUGAGACUUGAGACGUGCAAUAAAUAAGGGUUAAUUAUAUUCAUUUUUUUCAAUUCAACUAUUCAAUGAUUGAAAGUUAUUACGGAGCUUAAUUAAUAGCAUACUGUUAAUAUAGUGUUAUUGUUAAAACAUAUAGGUGUAAAUUGUAAACUGGCCAAUAGCACAAAGUCCCUAAAAUUUUAAGAUUCCAUAUUUUUAAGUUGGACAUUUAUUUUAAAGCAUAAGUAUUUUAAAAAAUAAAAUAGGGUCCAAAACGUAAAUUUUGGAUCGGACCAAUUUUAUAUUUUCAUUUUUUGGGGCCGGCCCUGUUAAGAAAGCACAUGUACUGUCUAAAUUUUUAAAUACGCGUAAACCCUACCAAUAAGCUCGUCAUAUCUUUAUCUUACUAAUUAUUUAUUUUAAUAUUUUGUUACAAUAAAAUACUCCGUAGUUAAUUCGUCUCUUUUUAUAUAUAUAAACUUUGAUAUUAUAUAUUUUAUUAAUUUCAGCAUGAAUAUCUUAGGGUGGACCAUCAUGGUGGGUUUUGGAUUCAAUGCAGCAAUAAGUGUUAGAGUAUCAAACGAGCUAGGAGCAGGGCGGCCGAGAACGGCGAGAUUCUCGGUGGUGGUGGCCUCAAUGACGUCACUAGCAUUCGGCGUCCUCAUGGCCACCAUUCUCAUGCUACUAAGAAGCCAAUACCCGCCACUCUUCUCUGGAAGUCCCGCUGUGCAACGACUCGUCUACGACCUCACACCGCUCCUCGCUCUCAGCAUUGCCAUUAACAGCCUUCAGCCCACCCUCUCAGGGGUGGCCAUCGGAGCUGGAUGGCAAGCUUACGUCGCGUACGUGAACAUUGCGUGCUACUAUAUUCUUGGCAUUCCCAUUGGCCUCGUUUUGGGUUUCGUAUUCGACCUCAAUGUCACGGGAAUUUGGUACGGAAUGGUAACGGGAACAACCGUUCAAACGUGUGUGUUGAUAUGGAUGAUACUAAGAACAAAUUGGAACAAGGAGGCUUCAGCAGCGGGAGCUAGAAUCAAACGAUGGGGAGGCGGAAGUGACUCAAAUGAGACCAAAUUGAAUACUUAAGUGAUGAUAUGAUGAUCACAAGCUUUGAUUGUUUGCCCAUGGAUUUUUCUACGCUCCAUCUCUUGUAUGGAGUGUCUUUAUUUUCGGGAUUUUUCUUUGGGUACCUUUUUAUUUCUAGGGGUCAUAAAUGUCAUACCAUCUAAAAAGUGACUUGAGGAUUUUAAUAAUAAUUGUUAGACAAUAAUAUUAAGUAUUCUUAUUAUGUUUGAUGUUGUAUUUUAGUUAGUUUUUUUCUAUUUCUGGUUGUGUUAGCAGUUAUAUAU